GUUCUGUCGUGUUUACAGGUUAGCGUGUAAAGAAAUCAGUGCACCUUAUUAACGAUUCAUAAAACUUAGCACUAGGUUGGUGUCUAUAGAUUAAUUAGACGGUCGGACUUCUAGCUAUAUUACACUGAAACAUGGAUGAGAUGGAUUUUGUGAAAAAGAAAAAAACCAGAUCGAAGGUUUCACCAUCAGAGGAAGUUGGUGACACGCGAGGGAUAGAGAACCCGACGUUUGGGAUGGAGCCUGGAAACCAUGUCGCCCCUUUUAAUUUCCAAAAUGCUGUGCAUGAAGUGGGCAACAAGGUGCAUAUGUUAGAAGCUGUGACCAAUGUGAAACAUCAUGCUGCCAAGUGGAAGACGUAUGUCACCAGGAGACGGCUCAGAAAGAGAACAGCUGUUAUCCAUGAGGAAGAAGAUCACCUGUCCCGUGAUUUGAAGGAGAAGGAGAAACUGCCUCAGUCUGGACUGGCAGACAUCCAUGACGACUUCGUCAACCCUCACACCAACCUGAAGGCGAGUUCGUCCAAGGGUCUGCGAGAUCAGAAGAUGUGUGUGGCCAGCAACCAGGCCCUGAUCCAGUACUUCGCCAAGCUCGGCCAAUCGUGUGAUGAGAACGAGACCAUUAAUCUGGAGUUCGUCGACACGCUGAUACGGAGCGGAGCCAAUGUAAACUGUACGGACAAGUACGGCCAGACUGUGCUACACGAGGUUGCUCGGACCUGGCAUGUUGAUGUGGGCAGGUAUCUGCUAGAACACGGGGCUAACAUCAACCAACCAGACUUCUAUGGUCGAACUCCUCUCCAUGUUGCUGCUGCCGUCGACUACCCAGAAAUGGUGAACCUGCUCAUUGAAAACAAAGCGGACAAGGAGGCAUUGACGAUGGAGGGGGAGGGUCAGACCCCUGUGCACUAUGCGGCCAAGACGGAUGCCUGCAGGUCUCUGAAGGCACUCAUCAAGAAGGGCUGUCAGUACAAGACGGUCCGCGACCACAAGGGACGCACACCCAUCCACGUGGCAGCUGAACUUGAUCGCAGUGAGACAGCGCGACUGCUGCUCGACCUACAGGCACCUGUUGGAGUAAGCGACAACUCUGGGAGGAAGGCCAUAACCUGGAUGAUUACCAAGAUGGCUCCAGUGGCAAGUGAAGCUCUGAAUCAGUUUCGAACAACAAACCGUCCAAAGAGAGAACAACAUUUUUACCUGAACCUUCUUGUCCAGGAUAUUGAUAAAGAUCCAGAAGGCAAAAGUCAAACCCCGCUUCAUACGAUUGUGACACAGAAACAAUUCCAGCUUCUCAUGAAUGAGACAGUCCAGCGUUUAAUAGAAAUCAUGUGGAAAAAGUUUGGAUUGCGUGGUGCUUGGAUUAACCUGAUCAUCAACUUCUUGUAUAUUCUCGUGUGGACAGUUAUCGGGGUCCUAGUCGAGUACGACAAGCGACAUAUUUACCAGUGGCCCACUGAUUCGUGGAGAGUUGUCUUGUGGUUGCUUGCUGUUGGCAUUACGGUGUGGCAGAUCACCGAAGAGCUGAAGGAAUAUGCUCGGUCGAAGAAAGCUCACCGGAAUGCAGUGAGAGAACGAACGAGAGAGAUCAACGAAGAUCUGAAGUUCUGUCAUCCACAGUGGCCGGACGAAAGGAUGUUCCUUGAGUCGGAGCUAAAGACUCUAGCCAAACUGAACCCAAAUUACUUCAGUGAUUACUGGAAUAUCUUCGACUGGUUGUGCUAUUUUCUGUUGCUUGUGUCCAUCAUUACCCAUCUGGUGGACAUCGGUUUCCAUAGCGACGAAAUAGCUCGUUCUCACAUCCGUGUGAUGAGCAUCACCAUCAUCCUGCUGUGGCUGAGACUGAUGAAGAAUGCCCGGGCGUUCUCUGUGUUUGGUCCCUUCAUCGUAAUGCUUGGACACAUGAUGGGAGAUAUGUUGAGGUUUACCUUCCUCUACUGCGAGUUCUACAUCCCAUACGUGUGUGCCUUCUGGAUGCUGUUUGGAUCGGACAAGAAGUCGAGUUCCGGUGACGGCACUGUCAUCAACGUCACCUGGUUCAACGACAUCGGCCAGGUGAUGUUUAGUCUGUUCAGGAUGACGCUGGUCGACGAAUAUGAUUACGCUAGCAUGAAGCAGGUUGAUUCUGUGAUGGCCGACAUUUUGAUUGGGACGUGGUUGGCACUGUCAGCCAUUCUCUGUCUGAACCUAUUCAUUGCUCUGCUGUCAGACACGUUUCAGCGUGUGUACGACAAUGCACAGUCAAAUGCAGUGAUGCAGAAAGCCAUUACAAUCUUAAACAUCUGGGAAGGAAUGUCGAAAAAAAGACAAAUGAAAUUUCUCAAGUUUGUUCACACGGAGUGUAACCCGAAGCGCGACACAUAUGAUGACGAUGUGACAACCAGCGGAGAGGAGGAUCUGAAGAAAGUCACCAUUCAAAUCAAGGAAGAGUUAGAUGAACUGCUGGAAGGCUGGAAAGCCAAGUUCGGACAUGAUGACCUGUCAGACAUGCUUAAUGACGCUGGUGAUGGUGGAGGAGGAGGAAAUGGAGGAGGAGGUGGCAGUGGUGGUGGAGGUGCGGGGAAGGUGAACCGUGGUGCGGUGGUGACGGUAGAGCGGUUUGAGAAGGAGAUUGGCGUCCUGCACAGCGGUAUCAUGAAGCUCCAGGCUGACCAGGUCCGGCGGGACAGCGCGAUGGACAGUCUGAAGCGAGACACCAACACCAUCAAGAGUCUACUCCACGAACUGCUGGGACACACAGGCGCAGAAAACGAUGAUGGAGGAUAUGAAGAAACUAAACCCCGACGAGAAGUGGAACAUCACUCCACAAAUGUACAGGACCGAUCUGAAGGAAAGGUAAGAAGACUGAGACAUAGGAAACAUUCCAAGAGUCAGUCCCAGGCCGCGGUUGACGAACAUUUCCGAGACCAGCUACACGAACCAACUGGAUAUACUCCUCGGAUUGAGAUAUCCACUGUCCACCUCCCCGUCCAGAGUGGUGCUCAGCACCCAGAUCACGGAGACUCGGCAGAAUGUUAGCAAGCUGAUAAAUAUUCUUCCUACUGCUCGCUGGUCUGUGAAAUACACGGAGCAAAUCAGAGGGAGCUACAGUAUCAACAAAUAAUCAAACGUUUGAAAUUAUAUGCAAGUCAUUUCCGUCUUUCAAGACAUACAUGUAUGUGUAUGCAUCAAGAAAAUGGACUUCUCUUAAUAUGCACACAGAAUGAACAUCACACUGCUCGAAAUAGAAAGUAAAAUACAGUCUGCUAUUAUUCUUUUUAAAUAACAGGUUUAAAAAAAUGUCCUAACAAAAAUCAGCCUGCUGGUAAUAAGACAGCAUGAGGCGAGGGUACGGACAAUGUGUGAAACAGUAGGACCGCCAACAUCUAUUGUGCAGCAUUAUAGAAUUAAAUGUAAAAAAAAUUUGAGUUAAAUAGCAGAUGAGAUAAUUGUACAUACAUCUCUGUUGAAAACAUUACCAGCAAUUUUUUAUAUUUUAGCAAUGAAUUUCCCUUUCUUGGUCUAAAAAUAGACUGCUUUUCAGAUUUUGUAUGCUCCUAUUUCGAGCCCAGGAUCAGUAUGGAACACGAAACUGAAAUUUCAUGUGCAUUUCAAAAAUACAGUUGUAAAAUACUUUACUGAUAGCAGUUGUAAAAUGCUUUACUGAUAGCAGUUGUGAAAUGGCUUAUUGAUAGCAGUUGUGAAAUGCCUUAUUGAUAGCAGUUAUGAAAUGGCUUAUUGAUAGCAGUUGUGAAAUGCCUUAUUGAUAACCAUUCUUUAAUGUAUGUCUGUGAACGUAUAAUUCUAAUAAGUUUAGAUAUUCCCAUAUCAUUUACUGGUUUAAAAGAAAAAUAUAAAUACAUUUUUGACAUGAAAAUGGAAACAUGUAUUAAGUAAAUUUCUCUUAAAGAAUUAAAAAUGGUCAAACUAUCAAAUGACAUUUUGCCAAUUUUGCACUAAGUGGUGUUUACUUACUCAGGUGUCAAAUGCUACAGUGACAGUAAUACCUUUUAGAAUGGUGAUACACCUUGAUGUAGAAAUGAUGGUACUGUUAUUAAACAUAUAGUAUACAGUUAGUAUACAGUCGGGUUGCACCACUGUACCAGUGUAUAUAGUUUCAUGUUGCAUAUAAUUUCAAUUUAUUUAUAUUACCACAUAUUUCCAUCUUAUAUAUUUGCACAUAGUCAUUCAUGUUGUGACAGUAUUGUGCCAAAGUGUUUGUACUCUUAUAAUGCCAAAUAUACACUGGGGGACUUUUGUAAUCUUCCUGUACUUGUUAUCUUCCUGUACUUGUAAUCUUCCUGUACUUGUUAUGUAUCAGUUUUAGUGGUCGGUAAAUACAGUAAAACUCUAUGGUGUCCAUACCUCGUUGUUUGGUUAUAUUUCAAAGCACAAUGACUCAGGGCAUGUAUGUGUUCAAUAGUUUAAUUUCAGUGUGUUUUUAACACAUGUAUGGUGUGCACAAUGUGCUAUCCAGAUCCUGCAGUGUAUGCUUGGCUUAAGAAAACAAAAUGUACACAAUAUCAUAUUUAUUUGUAUAUUUAUAUUAUUUGUUUGAAGAAAAGCUAUGUAUCUGUACUGUGAACCAUUUAAAAUGUGGUGAAAUGUAUGUAAUUCCAGAGAUAUUUAACCACAGACUUAUUUACAUACCGGUAAAUUAUAUAUACUUUCCAGCUGCAGUGCUGCAGAAUCUUUGCCUUUAUCAAAUGCUGUGAUACUUUUUUAAACCACUUUACCAAGAUAGUUUUUAUACUCCGAGUUAUGUGACUAUUAUUUUUGUAUUCCUUUUUCAUUUGUCUAUCUUAUUAUAUAUUCAUCCCAUUUUAAAACAUUUAUUUGAAUGUGUAUUUCAUUUGCAUUAUGUCAGAUUUAUCCAAGAGGAUCAUGACUCACCCCCCAAUAAACAUUGGUUGUCAGUCUAACCUUCCCCCCUCUCCCCCCACUGACAUUCCUGUAAAUGAGCCUGGUUUUGUUGGUUUUGUCAUUUCAGUCAUGAGAAUAAUUCUUCGUAAAAAUGUAAAAUGAAAGUUAUAUCACAUAUUUAAUAACCACAAAAAUGUUUGCGUAUAUGGUAGUUUAUUCUCUUGAUCCAACAGUCUGUGAUAUAUUCCACUAUUCAUGUAAGUAAACUUGGGUAUUGUGUUUCUCCAGUAUAAUGUUUAAGAAGAAAAUCAUGUGGUAGUCCUAUAAGAAGUAGAUCACAGUUGGAGGAAGUGUACAUCAUGAUGAAAUUAGCUAUUUUCUGUUUGUACAUUCAACCCAAACCCAGGCGAGAUCCUCAUUUCUGUCAUUCCACUGAAACUACCUUCCUUAAAGAAUACAUAAAUAUCACUUGAAACAUUUCUGUCAUUCCACUGAAACUACCUUCCUUAAAGAAUACAUAAAUAUCAUUGGAAACAUUUGGGUGGCAACUCAUUCUAUAGAUGAAAAGACAGUACACUGUAGGGGCCUACUGAAAAUGAGGUAUUUUAAAAUUGACUAAUGUUGAUUACUUCAAGUUCACUUAGUUGUUUUGAUUCAAUAAAUAGCAGUUUUUAAAUUUAUAUUUUGUUUCUUCAUAAACCCUGUAUUUUAAAGAAGUGCUCAAUAUUUAUUUUUAAAUGUUUUAUAAUUACUCUUUCCUUUGUGUGAUUGUUAUAUUUUGUUUUGGACUGA